UUUUAUUCUCUUAAUCAUCUUACAUCUCUCACAUAAUGACUAAUACCACUGAACCAACUGCUACUGUCCCUGUCGAGCAAGUCAAGCCUGCUGCUGAUACAGAUGUUACUGCCAUCACUCAGGAUCAGGAGGCUGAGGCUCUGGCUGCUGCUGCCAAGAAGGCUGCUGAGGAGGAAGCGGCCCGUUUAGCAGCUGAAGAAAAGACUGCGGAAGAGAAGCGCAUUGCUGAGAAGAAGGCUGCUGAGGAGGCUGCUCGCAAGGCCGCAGAGGAGAAAGCUGCAGAGGAAGAAGCUGCCCGUAAGGCUGCAGAGGAGGAGGCCGCUCGCAAGGCUGCUGAGGAAGAGGCUGCCCGUAAGGCUGCUGAGGAAGAGGCUGCUCGCAAGGCUGCAGAGGAAGAGGCCGCUCGCAAAGCCGCUGAGGAAGAGGCCGCUCGCAAAGCCGCUGAGGAAGAGGCCGCUCGCAAAGCCGCUGAGGAAGAGGCUGCCCCCGCUGAGGAGGCUGCUCACAAGGCCGCUGAAGAAGAAGCUGCUCGCAAGGCUGCUGAGGAGGAGAUUGCCCGUAAGGCUGCUGAGGAGGAAGCUGCUUACAAGGCUGCUGAGGAGGAAGCUGCUCGCAAGGCUGCUGAGGAGGAAGCUGCUCGCAAGGCUGCAGAGGAAGAAGCUGCUCGCAAAGCCGCUGAGGAGGCUGCUCACAAGGCCGCUGAAGAAGAAGCUGCUCGCAAGGCUGCUGAGGAGGAGAUUGCCCGUAAGGCUGCAGAGGAGGAAGCUGCCCGCAAGGCUGCUGAGGAAGAGGCUGCCCGCAAGGCUGCUGAGGAAGAGGCUGCCCGCAAGGCUGCCGAGGAGGAAGCUGCUCGCAAGGCUGCAGAGGAAGAAGCUGCUCGCAAGGCUGCAGAGGAAGAAGCUGCUCGCAAGGCUGCAGAGGAGGAAGCUGCUCGCAAGGCUGCUGAGGAGGAGAUUGCCCGUAAGGCUGCAGAGGAAGAAGCUGUUCGUAAGGCUGUUGAGGAGGCUGCUCGCAAGGCUGUUGAGGAGGAAGCUCGUAAGACUGCUGAGGAAGAGGCUGCCCGUAAGGCUGCUGAGGAAGAGGCUGCUCGUAAGGCUGCUGAGGAAGAGGCUGCUCGUAAGGCUGCUGAAGAGGCCGCUCGCAAGGUUGAAGAGGAGGAAGCUGCUCGCAAGGUUGAAGAGGAGGAAGCUGCUCGCAAAGCCACUGAGGAGGCUGCUCACAAGGCCGCUGAAGAAGAAGCUGCUCGCAAGGCUGUUGAGGAAGAAGCUACCCGGAAGGCUGCAGAGGGAGAAGCUGUCCGUAAGGCUGCAGAGGAGGAAGCUGCUCAUAAGGCUGCAGAGGAAGAAGCUGCUCGCAAGGCUGCGGAGGAGGAGGCUGCCCGUAAGGCUAUUGAAGAAAAGGCCGCCGAGGAGAAGCGCCUUGCUGAUGAGGAAAAGCGUGCUGCUGAAAAUAAGGCUGCUGAAUUAAAGGCUGCUGAAGAGGAAGCAAUUCGUAAGGCUGAGGAAGCUCGUCUUGAGGCCGAGACCAAGAAGGCUGCAGAGGAGGAAGCCGCACGUAUUGCUUCGGAAGCUAAAGCUGCCGAGGAGACGGCUGCCGAGAAGAAACGUCUUGCUGAAGAAGAGGCAAAAGCCGCAGAAGGGAAGGCAGCUGCCGAAGAAGCCGUGCGUAUCGCUGAAGAAGCCAAGGCCGCAGAGGAGAAGGCUAUUGAGGAGAGAUGCAUUGCUGAAGAGGAAACCGCUCGUAAGGCUGCAGAAACCAAGGCUGCGGAGGAAAAGGCUGCUGUGGAGGCCGUGGCCGAGAAGCAGGCUGCAGCCGAUCUGCGUCAUGCUGAAGAGGAGGUUGCUCGCAUUGAAGCCGAAGUUAGGAAGGUUGAGGAGAAGGAGGAAAAGACUGUCACAAGCGCAGAGGACGUUACCACAACUGAGCAAGCAUCAUCUUCUACUCCCGAUGUUACUGACAACAAGAACGAUGUUCCAGAGGUCACAGUCAUCCCAAGCUUGAAGCCUACUGAGGAGAUCAAGACAGAGCCUGUUGUUGCAGCAGUAGCAUCAGUACCCACGGCCGCUUCCGCCGCCGUAACAGCCAACGGCAAGAAGGAAAAGAAGGAAAAGAAGGAAAAGAAGGAGAAGAAGGAGAAGAAGGCCUGUAUCAUCAUGUAAAUUUUUCCUCCCUCGUUUUUUUAUAUCUUGAUCUACAAUUUUAUAUAUAUUCGUAUAGUAUUAUUCCUGUUAUCUAAUGUCAUUCUUGAACGCGUUAUGGACAUCAUGUUGACCAUGAUGGCCUAGCAAAAAGCACCCUAUCAUACCCUUAAAGCAGAAAAAAAAAGGAACGCUGGCUUCUUUCUUUUUGUCCAAC